AUGCAGUUACAGGAGGAAACAGAAGGACACCCAGGUCGCUGUUCAUGGCCGUGGAUGGCUGUGGAUGCGCCAGGACAUGCGGGGUCCUUUAAGCAAAAGUACAGCUUACCAGGAAGGCGCCAAAUCCGGCCCGCUUAGCGUCCUCACGCAUUUCGAGCAUCGCCUUUGCCAUCUUCGCAACGAGGGUUGUAUCCUGCCAGUUGGGGAUUUCACUUGGCUCCCAGAUGU